GUGUGUUUCCGCGGUCCCAGAGCGCGGUGUGAGCUAUUCUAGAAGACAGGGAAGAAGGAUUCUCCUUUUGGUUACCUACCACUGGCCUGUGGCUGCCAUGCAGAUGGAUCCUGAGCUGGCCAAGCAUCUCUUCUUUGAAGGGGCUACUGUGGUCAUCCUGAACAUGCCCAAGGGGACAGAGUUUGGCAUUGACUACAAUUCCUGGGAAGUGGGGCCUAAGUUCCGGGGUGUGAAGAUGAUUCCCCCGGGAAUCCACUUCCUUCACUACAGCUCUGUAGACAAGGCCAAUCCCAGGGAGGUUGGCCCUCGUAUGGGCUUCUUUCUUAGCCUGCAGCAGCGGGGGCUGACAGUUUUACGCUGGAAUGCCAUCCGGGAAGAGGUAGACUUGUCCCCAGCCCCAGAGGCUGAAGUAGAAGCCAUGAGGGCCAAUCUUCAAGAGCUGGAUCAAUUUCUGGGGCCUUACCCAUAUGCCACACUCAAAAAAUGGAUCUCACUCACCAACUUUGUUAGUGAGGCCACGAUGGAGAAACUACAACCUGAGAGCCGACAGAUCUGUGCCUUCUCAGAUGUGCUGCCGGUUCUCUCCAUGAAGCAUACCAAGGAUCGAGUGGGGCAGAACCUACCCCUCUGUGGCACUGAGUGUAAAAGCUACCAAGAGGGCCUGGCCCGGCUACCUGAAAUGAAACCCAGAGCUGGGACAGAGAUCCGCUUCUCGGAGCUACCCACACAGAUGUUUCCAGCAGGUGCCACACCAGCAGAGAUAACCAGGCACAGCAUGGACCUGAGCUAUGCGUUGGAGACUGUGCUUAACAAGCAGUUCCCCAGCAGCCCCCAGGAUGUGCUUGGUGAACUCCAGUUUGCCUUUGUGUGCUUCCUGCUGGGCAACGUGUAUGAAGCAUUUGAGCAUUGGAAGCGGCUUCUGAAUCUCCUUUGCCGAUCAGAAGCAGCCAUGGUAAAGCAUCACACCCUAUACAUCAACCUCAUCUCCAUCCUGUACCACCAGCUUGGUGAGAUCCCUGCCGACUUCUUUGUGGACAUUGUCUCCCAAGACAACUUCCUUACCAGUACUUUACAGGUUUUCUUUUCCUCCGCUUGCAGCAUUGCUGUGGAUGCCACCCUGAGGAAGAAAGCUGAAAAGUUCCAAGCCCACCUGACCAAGAAGUUCCGGUGGGACUUUGCCUCAGAGCCCGAGGACUGUGCCCCAGUAGUGGUGGAGCUCCCUGAGGGCAUCGAGACUGGCUAAUUCUGCAAAUGUUCAAGCCAUGAGAGGCCUCUUCCAAUUUGGCUGCAGCCCUGGUCUCUUCUUCACCAUAUCCCAUCCUGGAACCCUCCGGGCCAGUGAUCCUACCAGGUUUUGUAGAGAUGGAGCCAAAAUUCACUCCUUCACCAAUAAAUAAGUUCCUUCAUUGCCAAAGAGGCUAUAUACAUUCUGAAAGCACAUUUGUGGGUUCCCUGUCAGCCUGGCCCUGGUUCCAACCUGAUAGGCUCUUUUAAAAGCUUUUGGGAGAGACCUGCUUCAACAGCAGCAUAAUUCCUUCGGUUGAGAAGAAAUUGAACUGAAGGUCCAUGAGAACUAACUGCUUGUUCCAGAGGAUGAUUAGAAAACAAGAAGCCCCAGGGUUCCAAAAUGUCAGUUUGUGAUUUUUUUUUUUUUUUUUUUUUUUGAGUUAAAUGUAGGGUCAUGAGCUGAGCCAGAAUUUCUGCCUGCCUCUGGUUGAAUGGGAGUCCCUGACAGAAAGUGCGGGCCCUCAAGUGCCCAGUAUCAGCAGGGGUAACAAAGAAGACAAUUAGAUUGAGUGACAGGUAAUCAGCAUUAGCUAUUCUCCCUAAAUCCCAUGCUUCUGUCCAGAGGCCUGGUGGGUAAUCUGAAAUUGAUGUGGUUCCUGAUCUCAGGGGCCCAGCUGGUAUCACCUCCCAUUCAUUCUACUCUGAGAUCUCAGACCCAAAAGUGGGAUGUGGCAGCCCUCAGAUGUCCCCAUUCCUUACCAGAGCCACCAUGACUGUUUCUGAGGACCUGGAGAUUCUACCAUUAAAAAAAAAGGGUUUUGUCCAUGCAGGUUUCUUAGGCCCUGUUGACAUUUCAUGCUUUUUUCCUGAGCUCUGAAGAUGAUCUAGUCGGCCUAAAUCUUUCAUCCCUGCUAUGGAGUCUGUCAUCAGAGUAAUGAUGCUUCUGAUUUCCCAGGAGUCCCAAGGGCAUGCCCAUCGUGCUAUGUGGGCAGAGUUUUACCUUUGGAUGGACACAGUCCCUCUACUCUGACCUCACACUGUUGUACUCUUGAGUCUGGGUGCCAUCCUCUCCAGUGCUGGGGCUCACAGCAGGUUUCUGAAUGAGAAUUCCUGCUGUUUAAGGCUUUCGGUUUUUCUUGUUUCCUUGGAGAUGAUUUUCCAAGAGCAUAAUGUACAUUAAAGUCUGAAUCGAGACUAAUCCACUUGUGUGAUCUCUCUUACAGAUAAUCUCCCCACUUUCUGAGCAGCCAAGAUGCUGUCUAUAGAUGUAUAUCUCCCUGCAGAGUGCCCAGGAGACCCUGUCCUGCCCCUGGAAGGGGCAGGCAGCCAGUGUGACCUCUGUUCCUAGUGAGCAUUGGAGACGGGCACACCUUAGCUUUGUAAAAUCCUGCAGUUUCACCUCAUGUGAAUUUACUAUUAUUUUCCUCCUAAAAGCCCACUCAGCAGAAGUAUCUGGGGAGCUUGUUAAAAGUACAAAUUCCAGAGAAUAAAGUUCUAAUACAUGCUUCAACGCAGAUGAGCCCUCAAAACUGCUAAGUGAAGGAGGGCAGAUCCAAAGACCAUUCCAUUCACAUUGAAAUGUCCAUAGAGAUGAAAAAGUUCAUAGAGAUGGAUCGUCAAUCACUGGUUGAAUAGGGAAUUGAAAAUGACGGUUAAUAGGUUUGGGUUUCUUUAUGGGGCAAUGAAAAUGUGCUGGAAUUAGAUGGUACUGAUGGUGGUAACAAUCUUAUGAAUUCAGUAUGCUAAGAACCACUGAAAGUCUACAUCUUAAAAUGGUGACUAUUAUGGUAUAUAAGUUGUACCUCCAAAAUAAUUUCUAAAAGUGCAAAUUCCCAUCUCACCCUGCAGGGAUUCAGAGGCAGUAAGUUUGGAUGAGGCCUGGGUUCUGAAGCAUGCUCAUUUUGAGUGACAUUACUGAGCAGUAACAAGCAUUGUGCGUAGUACCUACAGUUGGGAAGAAUUUCCCUCCUACUGCACUGUCAGGGCGGUACUUGGAAGUUGGACCCUGUGACCUCGGUCCCCAAGCUCGUCAGUAUUCCUCUGUCUACUCAGACAUACCCCUGACACACAAACACACUGAAACAGGUUAAAUGAGACUAGCCACGUACAGUAAGUGGCCUGUUCUGUUAUUUCAUUAAAUCCUUACAACAUCAUAUGGUAACUAUAGUUAUCCCCAUUCGUCAUAUGAAAAUGUGUUCAGAGAAAUUAGGUCAUUUUGCCAGGGUUACACAGCUAGUAAGUAUAGUGGACAAGAGUCAAGCCAUGCUCACUGGUGCCCAUAGUCCACUCUGCUGCUGUGAUCAUAGCUACAGUUUACUCCUGAGCUGCUCCUGUGUGCCCAGGGCAGUUUUCUGCUCUACCCUGCUCCCCAGCUCUCACCUUGGCUCUACUGACAGCCAGCUGUGUGAUCUUGGGCAAACUGAUUGUAUUUGCUGGGCCUCCGUCCCCUUAUGUAGAAGAGAGGUGGCUUGGAUUUGGGGUUUAUGAUAUAGGUUCUCGAGGCUUCCUUGGCUACUUAAAAGUUGACCUUGUGUUAUUUUAAAUUUUUUUCAAAAGGAAAACUAUAAAGUAAUGUGGCUGGGCUGGCAAAAAUACAACCCAGUAUGUCUCUUUUGUUUGGGGCUGGAGUGAUAUCAAUUUUAGGUCUUUUGCAUGUUCCAGUUGGCAGUUCUGUAUGUGCCUUUGAUGAA